GACAGGACAUGACCCCCAGGCGGGGGGCUGUGAAAUGUUUAUCUCCCCUUUCGGAUUUUCCGUUCAGGUUUUUCUGUUAUCUUUCGAACUUUGAAAGUGUAUAUAUACCCUCAGAGCAGGUCUCAUAGGCAUACAGAUCGAGAGAGACCGAGAGACCAAGAGAAAGACGUCCCCACGACUGUACAGCCAUCAUCCUGACAGAGUCAGAAAAAGAAUUGCAAGCAAACAUCGAUUGACCAAGUACUAGACUCCCAAGUUUUAAAGACAUCUGUAACAAAGGAAAAAAUAAGCCCAUUAAAGUUGAACUACCGUCUUUUUGAAGGACAUUUGGAGAAAAAGAGGGAAGCCAUUAGCAAGAAAAAAAAGUGAUUGAACUACCGUCUUUUGGAAGGACAUUUGGAGAAAAAGAGGGAAGCCAUUAGCACCAAGAAAAAGUGAAACAACGGGAGAAAAAGAGGAAAACAUAAUAGCACCACCAUCAUCAUGAAGUCGAUAAUCUUGUCCUCAUUCGUCGCUGCCCUUAUCGCCAUCUUCCUCAUCAACUCGGGGGUCGAAAGUCGACCUUCAGGUUCGCACAGUCAACCUCCUACAAAGAAAGGCGGACGCCACUCACCGUGGUUUGGGCUUUUGAAGGCUGGACGUAAAGUUCGCAGAGCGACAUCAUCAUCAUCAUCAUCAUCAUCAUCACUACCGGGGAGUAUCCGAGCCACCCGUGACAUCUCGCAGAGUGGCUGUGAACUUCCAGCGACGUUGCCAGCUUUCAUCAGCGACCUACAAUCCUACCUCAACGAGAGUCUCAUUCUGAAAUCGGCGAUUAACCCUUCGGAGCACGUCCUGCCGCUCAGAGAUGACCGGUCCGAGAUGACGUGCAAGUCCUCCAAGACCCACCCAGACAGAAAUACCAACGACAAUCUGAGGGCCACCUGUCCCUGGGUGCUGAGAGAGAAGGAUUUUGGAGAGGACGCCUUUCCCAGAUACAUCCUGGAGGCACGCUGUCUCUGCAGGUGCUGCCAGCACGCCUCGUCCAUGGGCUGCCAGGAAGUCCGACGUCCGGUCACCAUCUACCGACGUGUAGCUUGCCAGGAUGGACUGGCGGUCAUGAAGAAGAGUGAGGAAAAAUUUACGGCACUCUGCAUCUGUGCUUCCAGUCGCACAGCGUAAUAACGUGCAAGCAGCUUAACUAAAAAGAUGAUUAUUUAUUAUUGUAUUACCAAUGUUGCAGCCGGGCAGGUUGCAAAAAAAAUUAGAAAACAACAAUGCUCACCGCAUAAACGUAGAAGAUUAUAUUUAAUUACUUAUGUUGUAACCGCGUAUCUUGCAGAAAUAGGACAAUAAAUAUGAACACAGCUUUACAGACAUAGAACUUCGAGUUACUUAUCCUUUAAGCGUGUUUCUGGGAGAAAUAGGAAAACAAAUACAAUGUAUGCACACUGCUACACGGACGUAAAUUGCAUUACUUAGACUCUUGCUAUGUAUAUGGAAGGAAUAGAAGGAAAAGAAUAUACCAUAGGUACUGAUAGAUGGUGUUACCCUCUAAGAUAAUUUUAGAAUAAAA